CGCCGCCCCGAACCCCCGCCCUUCCUCUCGCAAGCCGUUGUAGCCAAGAACAUUAUCUACUGCUCCGGCCAAGUCGGCGUCAACCCCACGACCGGGGAACUGGUGAAAGGGUCUGUACAGGAGCGAACAAAACAAAUCCUCCAGAACCUCUGCGCGGUGCUCGAGGCAGGCGGCUCCAGCCUCGAGGAUCUGACGAAGGUGAAUAUCUUCUCGAAGGAUAUGGAGGACUUCGGGGCGGUGAUUGAGGUGUAUUUGGGGUUCUUUACUGGGCCGGUGAAGCCUGCUCGCACGUGCGUUGCGGUGAAGACCUUGCCGACGGAGGCGUAUGUGGAGAUUGAGUGCUCGGCGGUGGUGAGGGCGGAUGGGAAGAAGGUGGCGAAGCUGUGA